GUUCGGGUCAAACCUGGUCGCACGUAAAGCGGAUUUCUACGUGUGGGUUUGCGCUUUUCUGCCGUUCAAAUUACACCUUGAAGAAACAUCCUUGUUUUACAGGAUGUUAAGAUUACGUUCUGUAAACAAUCUGACGUCGAUGUUACAACGAAGUGACCAAAUCAGACGUCCUCAUUUGGUGCGAUGUUCAAGUUCAGUUUUGGAAAGAGCCCAGAGAUUUAAACCUGGUGACCAUGUACAUGGAUUCACUGUCAACAAGGUUGUAACGAUACCAGAGUUGUAUUUGACCGCCGUCAACCUAGAUCAUGACAACACAGGUGCUGAGUAUUUACAUAUUGCCAGAGACGAUGCAAACAAUGUCUUCAGUGUUAAUUUCCGGACAACCCCAAUGGAUAACACCGGCGUACCACAUAUCCUCGAACACACCGUCCUGUGCGGAAGUGAGAAAUAUCCAGUCAGGGACCCGUUUUUUAAGAUGCUUACAAGAUCGUUAUCAACAUUUCUCAAUGCAAUGACAGCCAAUGAUUAUACUAUGUAUCCAUUUGCAACACAAAAUGCCAAAGAUUUUGAGAAUCUUUUAUCAGUGUACCUUGAUGCUGUCUUCUUUCCCAAGCUAACACAGUUUGAUUUCAGAUUUUAUACUUAUGGUGAUAUUGAAAUGGAGCGUCAUUUAGAAUUAAUUAAUAACCAAGCUCUAACAAGAUUUAGUCGAAUUGAGCCUGAUACACAAGUUCCUAAAGAGAAACGAUGGAAGCAACCAAAAGAAAAGCAUGUCCACUGUGCUGUGGAGCAUAUGACUGCUGAUCCCAACAAACAGACAACAUUGUCAGUCAGCUUUCUGCUUGGAGAUGUUACAGAUACAUUCAAUUCAUUUACAGCCAGUAUAAUUGGGUCAUUGCUGACAGCGGGACCCACAUCACCAUUCUAUCAAGCACUGAUAGACGCUAAUAUUGGUGCCGAUUAUUCACCGGUUGUAGGAUAUUUCAAAAACAAUUUGCAUAAAUUAACUCUGACAAUGAGCCCGGAUGAAGAAUAUGAGCAGAAGAAAAGUGAAGAGGAGAAGAAAAUGUUAGGAAAAAUGUUGGGGAGCCUUGGCAAAGAACAGAUGACAGAUAUUUACAAUAAUGGCAUUGAGCUAUCAAAACUACAGAGUACGAGUCAAGAUUUAUCUUGUCUCCCGUCACUUGAAAUCAGCGACAUUGAGCCUGAAAUGAAACGAACACACGUGGAACAUUCAACUUUGGAAUCUGCUCCAAUUCAGCUGUGUGAGCAGCCGACCAAUGGCGUGACAUACUUCAGGGCAGUAUCAAAUAUGCAUAAAUUACCCAGAGAGCUUGUACCCUACGUUCCGCUCUUUUGUCGAGUCAUCACCAAAAUUGGUGCUGGGGUCAUGAGUCAUCACAAUCUUGCACAUGAAGAAGAAUUGAAAACAGGUGGACUGGGUGUUGGCUUACACACAUCAUUACAUCCUAGCCAUAUGAAUAUUCAUGAUGAGGGAGUUAUAUUUUCUUCUCACUGCCUGGAUCAAAACUUGAAACCAAUGUUUUAUCUCUGGACGGAAAUAUUCAACAGAGCCCAUUUAAGUGAUAAGAAAAGGCUGCGAACACUAAUCCAGAUGGAGGCUGCCGAUCUCGCUAAUUCAGUCGCUGACAACGGUCAUCACUAUGCAUUGCUGUGUGCUGGUAGUUCCUUGACUUCAAUGGGCCAGGUCAAUGAACUCUUUAAUGGAAUGACCCAGGUCUCUAUGAUGAAGACAGUUGCUGAAAUGAAACACCUGACACCCAUGGUGAAAACCCUCCAGCUGAUAGCUAAGAAGUUAUUCAAUACAAAGUAUUUGAGAUGUUCCUUGACAACCAGUCCUGAGACCCAAGAAAGGGCGAUGCUCAGAUUAGAAAAAUUUCUAAAAACUGUUCCUGCACCAAUCAAGGCAGAAAAAGGAUCACAGGUCAAGAAAAUAGAGAAUCCACAUUUUGACCCUACAAAAAGACGGAUUCAUUUUCCGUUGCCAUUUCCUGUGAAUUACACUGGUAGAUGUAUAGCCACUGUGCCCUAUACAGAUCCAGACUGUGCAACGCUGCGUGUGUUGGCUAAGUUGAUGACCAGCAAGUUUCUACACAGGGAAAUUAGAGAGAAAGGUGGUGCAUAUGGGGGUGGAGCGUCCAUGUCAACAUCUGGUCUAUUCUCGUUCUAUUCAUACAGGGAUCCCAAUAGCGUUGAAACUUUCAAAACUUGAAGCAUCGCAGAGUGGGCAGCAAAUGGUCAUUUUACCCAGCAAGAUAUCAAUGAGGCCAAGCUUGCGGUUUUCCAAAGUGUGGAUUAUCCUAUUGCGCCUCCAAACAGAGGAAUGCUAUUGUUUCUGCAUGGUAUUACAGAUGAUAUGAAACAAACGCAUCGCGAGCAGAUAAUGAAUGUGACAAAAGAGGACUUAAUAGAAGUUGCCAACAUAUAUCUGGUAACAGGCAGCCGUACUGAUGGCAAAGCUUUACUAGGACCAGAAAAUGUUGUAACAGCCAAUAAAAAAGACUGGCUGCGUGUCAUCGAUGGCUCACCAGGUUACGUGUAUACAAAUAUAGAACAUGAAUGAGGAUGAACAAGAAAAAAAAGACCAAGCAGUGAAAUUCUUUUUUUUUUGCUGAAAAAAUUAUGUUCAUAGUGUAGUGUAGUACAUAUAUAUUGUAGCAGUUUUGAAGUGUAUUUAUGUUGUCUUAAAUGUACACCAAGUUCAUGUUUCUUGAGUAAUUUGACAAGUCUGGACCAAGUUUAUAACUCACCAUGUAUCCAAUUCAAGCAACACCAAGUUCAAGGACGUCUUUCAAGUUUACAAGCCUGGUCCAAAUUUACAAGCGUUUAUGAAAUUUAGAAAUUUG